UAGUAUUUACUAUUUGGUACAAUAGUACAUUACUGAUUAGUGUUCCGGUCAAUCCACGUAUAUAAAGGUGCUCAUAUUUUGGCCCGUCGAACGUUUGAUAAUAAUAUUAAAUAAUAAUUAUGCAAUACAACGGGUAGGUUCCGAAUCUUGCGGGUUCGUCGAUGUGUUGCGGAUGAUUACGAUGUUUGUUCGUUGUUGUAACAUAUUGUCGUCGGUUUCUGCACUCGGCAAAAGCUGCAAAUAAACGAUAAACGACUCGAGACAUCAGAUGCUAAAAUUUUGUCAUUAAAACAGUACUAGGUACCCGUAAAAAGUGGUUUAUUGUCUGCUUAUUUUUUUCUUCUUUUUAUUAUAAUAAUGGCUUUGAAAAAAGUCAGAGGCAACAUUGAACGGAUGUUUGACAAGAAUUUGACUGAUCUUGUACGCGGUAUCCGCAAUAGUAAGGAAAAUGAGGCGAAAUACAUUGCACAAUGUAUGGAAGAAAUUAAGCAGGAAUUACGGCAAGAGAAUAUAGCAGUUAAAGCGACAGCUGUGGCCAAACUCACAUAUUUACAAAUGUUAGGAUACGAUAUUAGUUGGGCCGGAUUUAACAUUAUUGAAGUUAUGAGCUCUUCAAAAUUUACAUACAAAAGAAUUGGGUAUUUAGCUUCAUCUCAGAGCUUCCACACAGAUACAGACUUAUUGAUGCUUACAACAAAUAUGAUACGGAAGGAUUUGAAUAGCCAAAAUCAAUAUGAUGCUGGUGUUGCUCUUUCUGCACUUGCUUGUUUUAUUAGUCCGGAUUUAGCAAGAGACUUGGCUAAUGAUAUAAUGACAUUGUUGUCUUCAACAAAACCAUAUUUAAGAAAAAAGGCUGUGCUUAUGAUGUAUAAAGUGUUUCUACGAUUUCCGGAAGCACUGAGACCAGCAUUUCCACGUUUAAAAGAUAAAUUAGAAGACAUGGAUUGUGGUGUUCAAUCAGCUGCUGUUAAUGUAGUCUGUGAAUUAGCUAGAAAAAAUCCAAAAAACUACUUGAGUUUAGCUCCUGUAUUUUUUAAAUUAAUGACAUCGUCUACUAAUAAUUGGAUGUUGAUCAAGAUAAUUAAAUUGUUUGGUGCAUUGACUCCACUUGAACCACGUCUCGGAAAAAAACUUAUAGAGCCGCUAACUAAUUUAAUCCACAGUACUUCAGCUAUGUCAUUAUUAUAUGAAUGCAUUAAUACUGUGAUCGCGGUACUUAUCUCAAUUUCAUCUGGUAUGCCAAAUCAUAGUGCUUCCAUUCAAUUAUGUGUCCAAAAAUUAAGAAUAUUAAUUGAAGAUUCUGACCAGAACUUGAAAUACUUGGGCUUACUAGCUAUGUCUAAAAUAUUAAAAACUCACCCUAAGUCAGUUCAAGCUCAUAAAGAUUUGAUUAUGAUCUGUUUGGAUGACAAAGAUGAAUCAAUCAGACUUAGAGCAUUAGAUCUUCUUUAUGGAAUGGUCUCAAAAAAAAAUUUGAUGGAAAUAGUCAAAAAACUUAUGGUUCAUAUGGAUAAAGCAGAAGGCACAGUUUAUCGAGAUGAGUUGCUUGUCAAAAUAAUUGAUAUAUGUUCACAAGAUAACUAUCAUUUUAUUACAAGCUUUGAAUGGUAUGUCAGUGUCUUAGUAGAGUUGGCGCGAGUAGAAGGGAUGAAACAUGGUCCUUUGUUAGCACAUCAAAUGUUGGAUGUUGCUGUCAGAGUUAAGGCUAUAAGGCCAUUUGCUGUUGGACAGAUGUCUUUACUACUUAAUAAUGCUCAUAUGUUUAUGCAACCUUCUGGUGGUUCAAAUAUGGCUAAUGUGCUUUAUGCUGCAGCUUGGAUAUGUGGAGAAUAUGCUAAUGAACUAGAAAAACCAGAAGAAACUCUUUUCUCUAUGUUAACUGGCAAAGUACAUUCAUUACCAGGUCAUAUUCAGGCUGCCUAUGUGCAAAACAUAAUGAAAGUAUUAUCUAUAAUAUUAUCUAAAGGAGAUAUUCAACAAUCAAUUAAGGUGUGCAAACGAGUAUCAGAUAAAUUGGCACAAUAUGUAUCUAGUGGAGAUCUAGAAGUUCAAGAACGUGCAAGUGCAGCGUUACAGUUAAUUAGUUACAUCCACAAAGAGUUAGAAAAUGAUAAUGCUGAUGAUAUAUGCACACAAGUAGCAUAUUUAUUUAAUGGAGAAUUAAAUCCGGUUGCUCCUAAAGCCCAACGCAAAGUGCAAGUACCAGAAGGGUUGGAUUUGGAUCAAUGGAUCAAUGAGCCAUUGCAAAGUUCUUCCGAAAGUGAAGAUGAUAAUCAGUCUGAUGACCAUUCCAAUUUUUUUAAUUUGGGUGGUUUUGAUAAGAAAGAAGAAGAAGAAAAUAUAGCAAGUACAGUAGAUCAAGUAGAAAAGAAUAGAAAAGCUCGACUAUACGAACAAGAAAAUAAUCCUAAUUAUUUGAAAUUAAACUCAAGUAAUGAACAAACUUGUGACAUUCCUAUCACAUCCAUAGAUCUGCCAACCCCAUUGAAUGUAUCUGGUUUUGUAUCAUCUGACAAAUACAUUAAAGCAAAAAAGGAAAAAAAAGAUAAAAAAAAAUCUAAAAAAAAAAAAAAGGGACUUAACCAUUUUGAAGAAGAAGAUGAAGAAAUUGCAAUUGAAAUGGUAGUUAAUCGGGAUAUAGGAGAAAUGCCAGAUGGUGCUGAAGACUCUGAUGGGGCCAUAGAUGUACAAAAAGACAUAAAUGACCCACAUACUGCAUUAGAUAUUGAUUUAGAUGUUCCUGAAAUUGAACGUCCGCCACCAGUUGAAGAAAAAAAACAUAAAAAAAAGAAGAAGGAAAAAGAAAAAAAGAAGAAGAGCGAAAAAUCAAAAAAGUUAAGAAAAUUAGAUAAAAGUGAUCAACAAUUGAUUGAAAUUAAACAAGGUUAUGAAGAAGCAUUAGGGAUUUGUACACCAUCCAAAGAAAUUGUACAAGCCGAAGAUUUAUCGUUUAGCAAAUUAGCAAUGGACAAAUACAUACUUUUGGAGUACAAAAUAGAUCCAAAAAAUGAAUUAAGUAAUUCGGCAACAGUGUUCUUUCGUCUCACAAAUGUGGGUAAUAAUUGUUUGAUUAAAAACAUUGAAAUUGAUGUGACUAAUUCCACUGCCAUUCAAUUUUUAGAUGAAAAAAAUGAACCUUUAUCUUGGUAUAAAAUCAAUAAUAACAUACAAUGUGGUUCAUUAACCGAAUUUGACUUGUCUCUUCAAGUAGAAAAUAUAUCUAUUCCAAAUACUCUUCGAGGGACACUGACAUAUAUGGCACAAAUUUUUCAAGACGACAAUUUUCACCAAGACAAAUUAGACUGGCGAUUGUCCGUAGCUGUUUCAGAUAUGUUUCUCAAAGCUGCUCCAUCUGUACCAUUAGUUGAGCUACUAUGCAAUGGUCAACUAGUCUACAAAUCGUCAGUUACAUUGUCAGGCACUAAUUUUAACCAAGUUAUUAAUUGGUUUUCCACUAAACUCCAUCUAGUAUUAGUGGAACGCGUUGGUGAGACUGCUUCACUAUAUGGCUCCAACGCAUCUAGUGAACAACUAUGUCUAUUGGUUAAAUCAAAUUUAAACAAUGUUUCUGUUGAAGCAAAAUGUACAUCGCAAACAUUAGUUGAUAAUUUAAUGAAUGAAAUUAAAUCCACAUAUAACCUCUAACAAAAUAUUAUACUAUUCCAAUAUUCAUUAUUUGAUCAAUUAUAUUAAAAUGAUGACAUUUAACCAUAUUUGGCAUGCCAGUCAUCAUUUUAGUUUGUUUAAUAAUUGUUAAUAUAAAAAAAAUAUGUUUAUAUUACUCGUUAAAAAUUACUAGUUUGCCUUUAUAUUGAAUUUAAUUUAUUUUUACUUAGAAUGUAUUUAUAUUUUAAAUAAUUUAAGAAAUAAUCAAUUACAGAUCAUAUUUAUAUUUGUAUACAAAACAAAAUAUGUUUUUAUAUUUUAUUAUCAAUGACUAAAAAUAUAUCAAAUUUCCUACUAAAUUGGACUUUGGUCAAGUACAUUUAACUAGUAAUUUUAUUUGUUUUUAGAUUUAGAUAUAAAUUAUUAGAUUAUUAUUAACUAUUGAGUUUUAUUCAAAAAUCUAGUAAUUGGUUAGUAAGUCUCCCAAGUCUGUCAAUAAAAUUAUUUUAUCAUAAUUCAUAUAUUUAAUUUAAUGUCAAUUUGAAAUUCUAAUAUUAUUACAAAAAACUAAGCAUAUAUCUAUUUCUCAUGAAUUAUAAGUAUCAUCAUUUUUAUUAUGAAUAAUAUUUUUUUUACGUUUUUUUUUUUAUUUGUUAAUACUUAAUAGUAUUUACAAACAUAUUACAUUUUUUUAAAUAACUAUCAUACAAUUAAGUUUAUAUCACAUUUGUAAAAGUUUGAAAUUAAAUUACUAAUAGUAUUAAAAAACGUACACCUUGAUUCCUUGAUCCUUCUACAAAUCAAUGGAAAUUUUAUAAGUUGCAUCACAAUUGAAGAUCAAAUAAUAAAUGUUGAAAUAUAUAAGUUAUUAUAAAUUUAAAUUUUUACAAUUAUUCAAUAAAUAUAUGAAUAAGUUGUAAAAUCUAAUGAAACUCAUUCCUACAUAUAUUACGCAUUGUUUAAAAUACAGUGAAACUAACCUUAAUAGAUACAUCUCAAUAGCGGACAUUUUUUGAAAACGUGAAAAUUUUCAUUAUUUUUCAAUGGAAAAACCUCAGAAAAGCGAUCACCUAUUUUUGUCAUAAUUUAAAAGUAAUGACAAAACGACACAGAAAAACGCGCUUACGCCUUACACUAAUAUAGCGAUAACAAACUUGUUAAUACCAAAUUGAAUUUUUUUUAUCUCUAUAUGUAUGCAUUCCUCUUUUUUUAAAAUAUUUAUUUAAAUAUAUAUUGUUAAAAUAAUAUGCCAUUAAAGUAUUUUAUAAUUAUAAUAUUAUAAUUUAAUUUAA